GUACUUUCCUCCAACGUGUUGAUGAAAUUGAUGAAGAUCGUAGGCUGCUCUUUUGUUGUAAGAAAGAGAGGGACAGAACUGGAAGAACGGCGCUCGAGGACGCAGUGCACUGACACUGGGUGUGCGUAGCAGAACAAGUGUCAAGAUAGAUGUGAAAGUAGAAAGAAGUAAGUAGUAGAAGUAGUAUUGGCACAUGGCUUUGGCUGUUCCUCAACAUCGUACGGGGAUGAUCUUCGACCCGAACGUGAACGUGAUGUCGGAGCCGCAAGAUGUGGGUCUUGUGGACGUAGAUUAAGGCCCUUGGUCGUGUUGUUGUUUUUUCACUAUCUAUCCAGGAUGAAGCUCCUCCUCCUCGUCACGGAUAGGUCCUACUCAGGCACAUAAUCAUAAUUGAUAUUUGGUUUCCGGACUUGGUAAGUAUGCUCACACGCUCAGGCGCUCACAUGCUUAUCCAGUUUCAGGACUACAUGUACAUAUUGAAUUGCGAAAGAUUUUUCUUAAAUUCUUCUGACCUGGGCUUGUCAGGUAGUUACUUCCAACUCAAUAAGUGGAUCAAGAUAGACUGUUCCUUUCUUCGUCGAUGAAGUCCACGACGUCAGGGUUUCGAGGAAGAGAAAUUCACUCAGGUAAGGAUAAUAGUGACAAACUAAACGGCUUCUUCUAAGAAUAGGUGGACAGUUCCGGCUUUUUGCAUCAUCGUGGUCUCGAAGGACCUCCUGCAGAUACAACGUUACCCCAUGGGGCUGCUAGCUUCUUGCAACGCUCGUGGUUUUUAUGGAAAAAUGCACCAACAUGCGCCAGAGAAGGUUAUAGCACGCAUGGCACAUGGAGUGCAUGGAGCACCUGCAGCCUGCCCACGCAUGGAGUGCAUUGAGUGCGUCGCAAGCGUGUAACGGACGGGCACGCGUGGAGCAUGCUCCGCCGAAGUUGGGUCUGAUAGGCUAGACGCCCGGGGGGGGGGCGCUUGGUGAUGUGUCGGCGGUGACUUUACCAACGGCGCUGCUGCUGGUUUGUGGGGGCCCUGAGCUAAGGGGACCGGCUGGCGAGUGAGUGGUUCGGGAGUUGUAGCCGCCGGGGGUUUGUAGCGUAGGCGGGGAGUUGUAGCCCCAACCAUGGGCGCAGCCGGCGACGCAGAGGCUGAUGCCUUGGCCGCCUUAAUGGCUCCCGCCCGCGAGUGGCCUGGGAGUCUUCGCUGUCAGGGUUGUCUGAUAGACCAGACGCACGGGGGGCGCUGUCUUGGACGGGAUAAAUAUGUUGAUGCCCAGGGGUCGCGGGCGGCGCUGCAGCUGCUUGGGUGGCCUGAGGACGCCGGCCCUUGGCCGCGAGUGAGCGGGCCGGCCCGGCCGGGGGCUCUGCGUAGCAGUCGGACCUGGGCGGGUUGGCAGGGGCUUCCCCGGAGUGCCGAGCUUGAGGCGUGUACACUCUGGCAGAGAGGCGCCUGAAGCAUGGAGUGCAUGGAGUACCUGCUCCAUGUGUUCCAUGCACUCCAUGCCAUGCGCCCGGUGAAAACUUACACUUACAACCCAAUAAAGACAGGGGUCGAUAGACUAAAACUACUAGUACUACAAGAAUGCAAAUCGCUGCAAGAGCAUUUUUACAUAUUGCGUCCCCAUUUACCUUGCCCUUUGUCCCCUCCGUUUUUCACCAUCAACUUUGAAUGAAUGCAGCACCAUAGCCAACAUUGUUCAACGAGAGCUGCCUGUCUGCAAUAGAUAUUUCUAAUUCUACGCGCAGCAAGCUAAAGCUUAAGCUGAUAAUUCGAACUUCUUUGCUCUGCUCUAAAACUUUUUGGGCCGUCGAGUAAGGUAAGCAAGCACGGCGGACAGUCGGAGCAGCAGCUACAAUAUGCUAAGAAAUCAAUGGCUGACGAAUUUCAAAUGUCCGUAUCCACUCACUUUCUCGUUUGCUUGAGUAUUUUCGGCGCGGCGGUUUGUCUCCUGGCACUCGGGCGUCGAGGAACUUUUAUCCUGCGGUUUUUGAUCGGCGCUUCCUUGGCACUCACUCUGAUGCUAGGAUUCCCACAAAUGAUCUCAUUGGUCAUGACCGCACUGCACGUCCACACACCUUGGGGAGUCCUUCUCUUCUGGCUCGUACCGAUUGCGGCAGUAGGGUACCACAGUCACUGACCCAUAUACUUAUAAGUCUAUCCUUGUUAGCAGUUAGCUUGCUUUUUAAGGGCGCCGCGAGCGCGACACGUGCGAGACGACUGGGUCGCGCGCGAGCAUCAUAAAAUAAGGGGCAAAAGAGUAGUGAUGGUCAAAAGAGUCUAGAGAGGUUUUUUGAGGGAUUGUCGGGGGGAGAAGGGGGGUCCUAGGGGGGAGUAGGGGGGGCCCUGCCCCUGUCCGACCCCUGUGCCUGUCCAAAUGGUCAAAAGAAUCGCGGCUGGGUUUCUUGAGGGAUUGCCGGGGGGAGAAGGGGGGGAGGGGGGGCCUACCCCGUGGAACCCUGCGAGCGUCCUACCCACCUGAGGAGCGUGACGCGCGAGAGAAUACCAGCGUGACGCGUGAAGGCGUGACGCGCUUAGGAGCGUGACGCGCGAGGAAGUACCGGCGUGGCAUCGUGGCGCGCUUAGGAGCGUGGCGCAAGGAGUCUCGUUUCGCUUGGUGGUGUCUCAGGGUCGGGCGUUGCUCGUUCUGGGUCUCGUCUUCAGAGGUAUACUGGGAGGCAUAUUGGAGGGCAUAUCGGUGGGUGCGCGCGUGGGUCUGGUGUUGUUUUUUGGGAGGUAUAUGGAGAGGUAUACUGCAGGCUUUUCGUAGGUGUAUCGGGUGGCAUAUCGAAGGUAUAUCGGGGUUAUGUAGGGGAUAUUCGCGCUCUCUACUUGAAAUCCGCUGCAUCUCCUUCCACCAAUAUCCCCCCGAUAGCCCCCUCGAUAACCCCCUGGGUAUACCUUUGAAAUUUUUGCUUUUCGGCUCGGUUUUGGGUGCUGGUUUGGGGUCGUGUGUUUGGUGUUGGGCUUGGUCGAGUCUAGGUUUGGCGUUUUCGAUUUCGAAUAUGCCUCCCGAUAUACCUCACGCCGCGGCUCUCAGGGCGGCCGACACCCUCUGGGCGGACGGAGUUCGUUUAGGGUUGGCCGCGUCUUUAUCUUUUUUGAUAUGCCUCGGAUAUCCCUCUUCUUCGCUUGGCCGGAUCCGCAUGAUUCGUAAGGUCGUAAGUUGCGUGAGGCGUUCCCUGAUGCAUGUAGGCUGCCGCCCUUGGCUUCAGCGUACUCCAUUUGGAAGUCGCCGAGAUAUCAUAUUAGAACGGCAACAAGGAUGAGGAUGAGGAUGAGCAUCCUGAGCGAUGCGCUCCUAGGUUCCUAAGUUGUUCAUAAAUUCGCGAGUUCAUGAGCCCAGAGCCAGAAGAAGUAGUUCGCGAGUUCGUGAGUUCAUAAGCUCGGAAGCGGAAGAGUGAGACUUCGGGGCCCGCAAGUGGAAGCGUAACUAAGAGCUUGGGGGGGUCGUCGUUGUUUUUUAGUUUAGCUCUUUAGUGUUUAUAAACUAAAAAGAGAGACCGUUAGAUCCGGCGACGAACCGUAGCCAACACAACCGAAACGACACGAGGAAGAGUGAGAAAGAUGGGCGGAUAUACCGAGAUGCCGCUAAGCUAGUCCCCUGGCGUCGGUGAGUCAAGGUGGGUCAUGGGUGAUGGAUGGCGUGCUAAUCUUGGCCGCCUGGGGUUCACCCUUCUAGGAAAUUUCCACCGUGGCCGUAUAGUGGUCUAGGGUCCUUAUCUUGUGAAGCCUUCUGACCCUUGUGAUGGUCUUCAGGGUGAUUCUCCUGAUCUUGAUGGGAAUGGCCUCCAGAUUUGUGACCGCCAUGCCCCGAAAGGGGCCGCCAGUUUGAGAAUAAUUUGCGAACUUAGCAUGGAUUUCAUUUGAGCUCGUUGAGCUUUAUCACGUUCUUACAUAGAUAGACCACUAAGAAGAUAGGCCAAGAAGAUAGACGAAGAAGAUAGGGGAAGAAGAUAAAGGAAGAAGAUAGGGGAAGACGAUAGGGGAAGUAGAUUAAGAAGAUAGCAGGAAGAAGAUAGACUAAUAAGAAUACUAUAGACUAUAUUAAAGGUGGUAGAGCUUAAUGCUAUAGAUUAACAAGAUAGUCUAAGACGAUAGAUGUAACGGGAGGCAGAGCACUGCCAAACAACCACAUGAAGCCACUGCGUGGCGCGAGAAAGGUGAGGGCGUCCCCCCCUUCUGUUGGGUGAUGGGCUCGCCCCUCCCUUCUGUUGAGUGUGGCGCGAGAAAGAUGAGAACGCCCUUGCCUUCUGUUGAGGGUGGCGCGAGAUAGAUGAGCCCGCCCCUCCCUUCUGUUGCGAUUGGCGCGAGAAGGAUGAGCGCACCCUCCCCCUCUUUUGAGGGUGGCGCAAGGUAGAUGAGUGCAUCCCUCCCCUCAGUUCUGUUGCGAGUGGCGCGAGGGAGAUGAGCUUGGUCGCCCUUCCCUUCUGUUGAGGGUGGCGCGACGCCGCCGCCGUCCUCGACUUGGUUGCCUUCGAACGACCUGCCCUCUGUGAGACGGAGACCCGCAGACUUUCCCGCAGUGGCAGUGGCGCUGCAACCUUAAGCCGGCCCUCUGAGUGAGACGUAGCUUUCCGUCUUGGCCCGGAUGCCGCGCCAUUUUGGCCCCCCUGGGACGCGACUGCUCUGGGCGGGCUCGCCUCUGCUUCGCGUUUCCCUGUGUUACGGCGAGGCAUAUCGCGACCAUACUAACACCAGCGGACUAAUCGGGCCCCGCGUACGGCUCUCGGGCUGCAUGAUGUUGGAGAACCACCAGGCUUCCUAUAGUAACUAGCUAACGAAGAGGAAGACUAUAGAUUAAGACUAUAGAUUCAUUAAGGCCAUAGAUUAAGACUAUCGAAAUCGAUUAAGCUAUAGACUAAGAAUAUCGCUGAACAAUAUAGAUUAACCGCAUAGCUUUAGAAUAUAGAUGAAGAUUGAAGAGUAUAAGAUUAACAAUAAGCUUUUUGCAAUGUUUCAGGACUAUCAAUCAUGCUAAUUUCUACUAAAUUCAUGCGCAAGCCUAAUCAAAUCAAAUUCAAAUUAUUGCAGGGUGGUGAUCAUGUUCUGCUGCAAGAACAAGAUCCUGUUCGUUGCCGGAAUGGUCGCGGGAUAUUUCGUAUCCACUCCUGUUCUUGGGCUUGUCGUGUGGUUACUCGAAAAGUACGCGAUGCACAAGUAUAAUUAUGAACGAUUGAAAAAGCAGAAGUAAAAAAUGAUUUUUGUAGUGGUUUUGUGGUUUUCGCUGAUAAUUUGCAACAUGCUUGAUCAAGGAAAUUGCGGAUAGCAGUAGCUCCUCUAGCACUUCUACCACUUGCAGGGUCAACAUGAUCGUGCUGCUCUUUGCCAAAUCGAAUUCUUGAAAACAACUACGAGGAGUAGUUGAUGUAACAUUGAGGGGGUACAAGUCGUUUGAUAACUAGUCGACCAAGAUGACGGGUCUAUGAUACAAUGGACGUGUGAUGAUGACCCAUUCCAUAACUAGUUCUAGAUCAUCAUGCCGCUAAUAUGAUCAUGCCGAGUUUCACUGGUUCGAGCUUGUGCCGCUGUUCGUCUACCUUUCCGUCAUGAUUGCUUGCGGCUUCGUCGCGCACUGCAUCUUCCAUAAAAUGGAGCCAUUCAUCUUUAAGAGAUAUUCUGGCUAUCAAUGAAUCCCCGAACUUAAUAUCAGCCAAGGAAUAUCCUAACAGGGCGAUGGCGUCCUUAUUCUGAUGGAGAAUAGGCUUGUUAUCUUUGCUAUGUUGUGUGACUCACACUCAAGAAAAAGGGUUAUUCGAAUUACUAUUUGCGUUUGCCUCCAGAAGUCUCUUGUUGUUGUUCGUGCAACUGCAUCAAACGCGUCUUCUAAGAUUUUCUCCGUUUUUGUUUCGUGUCUUGCUACCUCCGCCUUGGCAGAAAUGACCAUCUGCUGGUCCAUGUGGGCUGGCAUGAACAGUAGCAUCGGCCAGGCAAAAGGCUUGUCCCGAGACGAAUUCCUGUCGCAAAUACAAGUCUCCACGAUCCACGAGAAUAUCUUCUCAGAGCCGCUUUGUUAUGGUCUUGUUGACGCCUGUUCUCAAAGGCUUGGUGUUUAUAUAUCGCAUCUAGUCCACCCCCUUUGCCCCUCAUUUUAUAGUCGGCGGCUCCGCAGGCAAUUAAUGCGUCCGUAAUAUUACAAGGAGGCUAAUGCACUCCGCCUGCCGCCAGUUUGCGAACUGGAAAAAACUGGGAUCACCCUGCCGGCGGUCUAGUCUCUAUUUCAGGUCCGUGGUCUCUAUGUACCAGUGCAAUAUACUUUUCUUCCUCUACCUAGUGACCUCGAGAUUAGAAAAUGUCUGUCCUGAGAGGAACCUGGUGUGAGGCUGCUUGCGGUAAUGCGCGUACGGUUCGAGCGAGUUACUAAAUCUGUCCAACUGACGGGAGAAGAGUGACAUCGCUCGAAUAUGGUCGACGGACCUUGGUGCGUUGAAUGGCUCGAAGCACAGGCAGGCUCUGUUGGGCAGCGACAUGAUUAAAAGUGGGAGAGCGUCCCAUCGCUCUCCCUCGCCGAUCCUUUUAUCUCCCGCCCGCUCUUAGCAGAGUAGUGGCUUCCAGGCAUAAGAUAGCCCCCUUGGUAGGACUGCCCUCUCCGGUUUCUGUUUUUCUUUUUGGUUAUUUUUUGGCGAUUGCGGAACGGAGUUGAGGACGCACGGGGCGAAAGAGGGAGCAAGAGGAGGCGAAGAUAAGAAAAACUCGGCUAGAGCUCUCUCAACAACGAGAGCGAUGCUGUGCUCAGGGCUUUAAGCCAGUAGAAGUCUACUUUUAGGCUUUCGCUUGUCAGUUGCUUGCGCAUUAGUCAAGAGUAAGCAGGGUUGGCGGCCCUGCCCUCGGGCCUGCCCUCGUGCCUUGAAGGGAGGCGGAUGAGAGUGGGAUGGUUGGCAGCUGGUGGAGGUUUAUCCAACACAUCUAAUCCGCCUCCUUUGCCCCUAGUUUUUCAUCAUUUCAAAAUCGGCGGGCUCGUAGGCAAUUAAUGCGUCCGUAAUAUAAUUAUAAGAAAGGAGGCUAAUGCACUUCGCCUGCCGCAGGUUUGCGAACUGGAUGAAACUGGGAUCACCCUUCCGGCGGUUCUUCAUUUGUCAGUUGAUUGCGCAUUAGUCAAGAGUUAGCAGGGUUGGCAUCCCCUGCGCUCGUGCCUUGAAGGUAGGCGUAUAAGAGUGGGACGGUUGGCAGCCGGUGGAGGUUUAUAUAAGACUCUUAACUCACCUCCUUCACCCCUAGGGUUCAUCAGUUUAAAAUCGGCGGGUUCGUAGGCAAUUAGUGCGCAUUGAUAUAAGGAGGUAACCGGACUCCGCCUGCCGCCGGUUUGCGAACUGGAUAAAACUGGGAUCACCCUUCCGGCGGUCUUGGCAUACAAAAAAGAAAAAAAAGCGCUGGCUUGGGUGGUGCACAUGGGUGAGGGAGUCGGCAGUUGAUGAGCAUGAGGACGAAUCUCCUCGUACUUGACUACUAGCUUGGAGCGUCUGAUAACAUCCCUCCCACUAGGAUCCCCCUCCUCCCUAAAGUCAGAAACUAAGCAAGGCAAAGAUGGGAGCGAUAUGCGUUUUCAAAUUUCGAAAAUUUUCCACGUUUUGCCAUCGUUUGGGGAUUGGGUCUCGUGCGUUUGAAGUCAAGGGCUAAGAUCCCAAAACUUUUCGACUUUCAGCCCUUUCGCUGAAGUUUAAUGCCUUGGCUUCGCGUUUUUCAAAUUUCGAAAAUUCUCCACGUUUUGUUGUCGUUUUGGGAUUGAAUUCUGUGCGUUUGAAGCGCUAAAGUCCCUAAAUUUUUGACAUUCAGCCCUUUCCCUGGGAUUCAGUCUUUUGGAUUCGCGUUUUUCAAAUUUCGAAAAUUUUCCACGUUUUGUCGUCGUUUUGGGAUUGAAUUCCGUGCGUUUGAAGUGCUAAGAUCCCAACGCUUUUGACUCUAAGCCCUUUCCCUGAGGUUCAAUCUCUUGGCUUCGCGUUUUUCCAAUUUCGAUAAUUUUCCACGUCUUUCGUCGUUUCGGGAGUGAAUCCCGUGAGUUUGAAGCGCUAAGGCCCCAAAGCUUUUGACUUUAAGCCCUUUCCCCCGAAAUUCAUUCCAAUGCCUUGGCUUCGCGUUUUUGAAAUUUCGAAAAUUUUCCGCAUUUUGUCGCCGUUUUGAGAUUCAGUCUCUUGAGUUUGAAGCGUUAAGAUCCCAAAAUUUUUGAUUUUAAGCCCUUUUCCUGAGAUUCAAUCUCUUGGCGUCGCGUUUUUCAAAUUUCGAAAGUUUUCCACCUUUUUCGUCAUUUUGAGAGAGAGCCCUCUGAUUUUGAAGGGCUAAGAUUCUAAAAUUUUUGAUUUUAAGCCCUUUCGCUGAAAUUUAAUUCCUUGGAUUCGCGUUUUUCAAAUUUCGAAAAUUUUCCGCGUUUUGUCGUCGUUUUGAGGUUGAUUCUCGUGAGUUUGAAGCGUUAAGAUCCUAAAGCUUUUGACUUUAAGCCCUUUCCCCCGAAAUUCAAUUCCAUGGCGUCGUGGUUUCAUGGUUUUCGUGGUUUCAUUCGUGGUCUCAUGGUUUCGUGGUUUCUUGGUUUCCUGGUUUAUUCUUGGUUUCGUGGUUUCGUGGUUUCAUUUUCUUGGUUUCCUGGUUUUCAUGGUUUUCAUGGUUUUCAAUUUCAUGGUUUUCGUGGUUUUCGUGGGUUCAUGGGUUCAUGGGUUUGGGGUUUGUUUGUUUUUGUGUCGGAGGUUUUGGGUUUGGGUGUUGGAGGUUUUGGGUUUGGGUGUUGGAGGUUGAGGUUUCCGAAGGGAUGUGUUUGCAAAGUUUUAUUGCUCUUAAUAUUUUCUAGUACUGUUACUGUUUGUCGUCUGGAUUUAUGUUGUGUGGUUGAAGUAGUUUACAAUGUUACCUCAAGUGGGUAAAUGAAUGACGUGGUGCAGACUGUUAUUUUCCUCCUUGUUUGAUGAAGCUGUUUUUUUUAGUAUUUCAAGAACGAGGGCGGGCGCGGGCUGGGGCUUAGCUACAGUUGCAGGUGGUCUUUGAAGCACGACCUUUGAGUUUGAACUUAGUACCGAACAUCACGACAGAUGUUGAAGUCAGAAACUAAGGAACUGCAAUUUUGUUGCUCAUGGUAAAAAGUCGCACCUUAUUUCUCUGAAAAGCAAGAAUACAUAGUAUGCAUCCACAAAUCAGAAUCAUGCUCAACCUCAAUGAGUCUUAGUGUCUGCAGUCCUUCACUUCCACCAAGGUGAUAGAGAUGGUUACACCAACACCGGACAGAGAAGUUAGAGUAAGAAUAUUCAGUAAGCUGUUCUAUUAGGAGCAGAACUUGGUCCGCUAAUGUGUGCAUGCGAUGACAGUUUUCUCCUGGCGCUUACCCAUGCCGCUGAUUCCGUUGCGAUCAAUGUACGUUUAUGCGAACCUGGAGCGAAAGGAGUGGCUAAAGCACGGAGUAGACCACGGUCACAAAGCGAAGAAGUUCGCACUUUACAUCCUGGAAAAGUACGAGGAGCCUUUUCCGAUGUUGGUACUACUUGUUGUGCUAUACUACUCGCUAACCGGCGGUCUCUCCUUCGACGGACUGCUCCUAACAGCUACUCAGAGAUACACGUGCCUACUUUCUAGCUACUUACAUCAUUGAAAUCGAUGAUUAACCAUCAAUCUACUGCACAAGUUCGAGAAGCUAGAUGAUGUCUGUACUCAAACUAAUGAUGCCCGGACUGAGAGGUUGAGUCACUGUCACCGCGUUGAUAAUCGCGCGGAUCCACGUCAUGAUCCCGAACCCGAUCCCUUGAUACUCAACAAAAAUCGUGAACACAUAAAUAUCUCACAAUUUAGAUUUAGUUUUCAACCAAAAUAAAACACAACCAGGAUGGCCUGCUAGCGUGGAGUGUUUUUCUUGUCGUGGAAGCAAUUAUGUUAUACAUCGCAUAUGCCGGACUGCGCCUCUGCUGCAAGGACAUAUGUUUUCCUGGUUUCGCACAAGUGGCGUCACAGUCAAGAAAGACACGCAAGACAGCGGCUGGACCCCAAGAUGGGGAAAGCGAUGAGAUGUUAUGUUGAAAAUGAAGCUCUCAUGUAGAAGUAGGAUUACUAGUGGUUUUUGUUGUAGUGAUACUUUUUCAACGUCGUGAUCAACACCCCAAGCAUCAUCUAUCACUAUCAUGUAAUCAACACAUCAGAUGUCAUCUAUCCUGUCCGUGUUGUAAUCAUAAAAGAACGUUUUACAACAUGCAAUUUUAUUUAUUCCUGUACAGCUAGUGGCCAGUUCUUUUCUGGUUGGUCUUCUUCUCCUUUCCAAAAUACUCUUAGGGUGAGAGAAAAGAAAGGAAGUCUUGGACUUCAACUCAAGAAAUAAAUUAGUGACUAACUAACGCCAGCAAUCUAAACAAUUCCUCCCCCUUCUUAUUCCUGUACCUUUCGACGUUAAUUGAUGCGACGCAGUCACUGCGUACCCCAGUCAAAUGCCUUCACAAUGUUCUCAAGAACAAAAUCAUCUUGAUCUUCUUCUAAGUACUGACUUUUUGGUACUUUCGGAUGAGGACGAAGGUGGAGUAGCCAAGGACGCGGAAAUGGCAUCCGUGAUGAAUCACCUUCAAUCCGCAGCCGGCGUGAAAGCUUCGCAAAGGGGCAGUCGAGGGCAAGCGUCGGCGACAAUGGUUCGAGAUGAGGAUAUGCCAGCGGAUGCCGCGGUCCCCGACGGGGAUAUGGCAGCGGAUGCCGCCGUCCCCGACGGGGAUAUGGCAGCGGAUGCCGCGGUCCCCGACGGGGAUAUGGCGGCGGAUUCCGGGACCCUCGGGGAAGAUAUAGGAGCCCCCGAAAGAGCAGAAGAGUAGAUGGCCGAUGAUCAUGAUCGACGGCGCAUAGUGAAGAUAUGACAGCCACGGCGCAGACUAAUCAAUGGUAGAAUUAAGAGAAGCAUUGUUGUUAUCGGCAUGCCUGUUACCCAGGCUUUAAGUUGUACAAUGAAGAUAGACUCGGUGUCGGUUGUAUGGCAACGGAAAACAGGUAACUACAGCUAGAGAAGUGCAUAUGGAGACAUCCAAUCUUCAACGUAUUCUUCAGAACAAGUACUGCAUACUUUACAAGAGCAUCAAAAAAUACAAAUUACUUGAAACGAGUACUAGCUCGAAUUGUUUUACUGAAGCUAGUUAAUACUUUCAUCAAUCGGCAUAGACCUGGACUAGCCAUGGCAAAAACUGCGAUACUGCGGAUCAGAAGCGCGUUCCGUAGAUAACACCAGCUGCAAAAAACUAGUUCCAAUUUAAAAAAACAACAGAACUGCAGAAAAAGCCGAAGAUCUAACUCUACUAAGCUAACACACUGUAUACACGUACCGAAACUUCUGAUACACCACGAUCUACUUUCAUACUAGUAUCUCAACAUUGACAUCGCACUACUAACACUGAAGUAGCAUAAAUUGCAAAAUGUUUACUACAUCAUCUAGAAAAUGCGACACACAUUGACAUGUACUCAUUGACUCUUUCUUUCACAAUUCUCCUCGGAUAUCGCCUUUCCUUUCAUCAGAGGCAAGUCUAAAUUAGUUACGCACAACGUCUUCAAUUUAAAGAGAAAAAGAACCAAGUUGAUCUACGUAACCUCAUCGUAAGCAUACAUGUAAAAGAAGUAAGCAAUAGCAAAAAAAACAUUCUAUACGCAGUGGCUAGAUCUGCCGCAUUGGAGGACAGUCGAAAUAGAGAACGACGGAAGAGCAUAGAUGAGUUAAACGAGGGCGGAGAGCGUCUCCACCUCCAUCCCACAACGAGUGGCGCCGCUGUAGAGACAACGGCCCAACAUCUUCACAGCUUCAACAUCAGCGAAGUCAAUGCGUAGAACACAGAGGAGACUCAGGGGAGUCGUAGGUCUAACCUGAAUCGACUAACGUCAUCAAUCAAUUGGGGGCGAUCUCGAUACUUAUACUAGAAUCGCAGAAUUUGUCACUUGAGGAAGCAUAUUGAUGACGAGAAGACUUGUAGCUGUUAUGAUCUAUAUGAACGGAUAGACAUACGGACACGAAACAGUGCCAGUACCUCUCGUGGAUUCGAUCACAAUGUACAACCGCAUCAAGAACUGAAAAAUAGGCAUACAUAAACCUGAACGUGGGGACAAGAAUAUUAUCGGAAAACGAAAAGUCAAAAAGUAAGCUCAU